UGCUCAUUGUUAAACUCUGUUUCUUGAUUCUAAUGGCGUCUUCUUCUUCCAAGCUCAGAACGAGUUUCCAGGUCUUUGUGAGUUUCAGAGAUGAGGACGUCGGCAACAACUUUGUCGGGCAUCUCUACACAGCUCUAGACCGGACGGGAAUCUUCACUCAAGUCAUUGCUAAGGAAAAGGGAGAGGAUAUAUUGACCACAGUUACAAGGGCCAUCGAGGAAUCCGACCUCGCGAUCAUCGUCUUCUCCGAGGACUUCGCCUAUUCGCAGAUGUGUUUAGAAGAGGUGGCGAUAAUCAUGGAGUGCAAGAAGCGAAAGAAGAAACUGAAGGUCUUUCCGGUGUUUUACAAAGUAGAAGCAAUCGAAGUAAGCAAUGUGGAAGGGAGUCACAAAUCUGGUAUGGAAGAGCAGGAGGAGAGGUUCGGGAAGGAUUCGGAGAGAGUGAAGAGAUGGAAGAAGGCUCUCCAUGAAGCGGGUCGAGUGUUCGGGUGGCAAUUGAAUGAUGGGAUGUCGGAGGCCACAGCAAUCAAAGAAAUCAUCAAAGCGGUCUCUGAACUGACAAUGUACGAUGUGUUCCUAAGCUUCCGGGGUAAGGAUGUCCGCGAGAACUUCGUUAGCAGACUCAACGAGGCCCUGGCCCAGAAGGACAUAAAUGCUUUUGUGGACAGUGAGAAAUUAUUGAUGGGCCAGGAUUUCCCACCGGCACUGAAGCAGGCCAUUGAACAAUCCCGCAUGUACGUCGUCGUUUUCUCCGAGAACUACGCUGAAUCUAGGUGGUGUCUGAAGGAGUUGGUGCAGAUCCUAGAGUGGAAGGACAAAAGAAAACAGCGGAUGCUACCGAUAUUUUAUCGGGUGGAACCGUGGGUAGUGAGGGGACAGAAACAGAGUUAUAAGGAAGCUUUGGCCAAGCACGCAAACAACUAUGGGACGCACAAGGUCAAGAAAUGGAGGGACGCUCUCACUGAAGCUGCCAAUGUGAAUGGAAUAACUCUAAGUGAUGGGAUCAAAGAUGAUUCAAUCCCUGGCAUCGUCGAAGAGAUAGAGAAAAUGAUGGCAGAGAUCAAAAGAAAGCGAGGAUGAAGAUGCUCAAAAGGUCUCUUUCCCCGAGAAUCCAAUUACUUUCUAUUAGCUGACUGAGUUGGAGCACCACCUUAGAUCAUCCUUCUGUUGCUUGUAUAUUAUACGGAAUCAACACUACUUUAAACCUUCCUUUUGAUACUCUGAGGCGAACUUGGACAUGGCUCCGAUCGUUUCGCAGAAGCUUCUCAACUUCAUACACCCUUUUGCACGGGAGAUACUCAAGCCACACAUGAUCGGAUUCCAACGAAAUCAAGCUACUCAUACGACAAAUCACCCUUAAUUCUUGAAGUUUGACUGGUCAUUAUCAAAAAAGGAAUCAUCUUCCACUGUUCUUUCAUAUUUUGUUAUAGCAUUGAAAUUUAUUUUCUCACAGCAUUCUUUUCCAUUCAAAAGUUUAUAUAGUCCC